CCGGGCGCUCGGGGCUUCGGCGCCGGCCAGCCGGGCCCAGCGUGCUCGGCUGGGAAACUUCUGAGGGCGCAAGGCCGGAGCUCGGCGCAGGGCCGGGGAAGGAAAGGAAACCACAAAACAUUUGUGGACUAGAUCUAAAUCAGGAGCCCAAACGAACUUAAAGAAGCUAGCAUGGGAUUUUUAGUUUCUCAAGAUCCAUACACACAAAACCCUUAAUCACUACAACUCCAUUGCCCAGGCUUUCGCGGGUUUUCUAAAGACUUUGCGAAACUCUGAUGAUGGAAAAGUGAAGGACUUAAUUACUUGCUUCAAUAUCAUUCGACGUCAACGGAAAAGUGAACCAGACAGUAGUACCGCCAUGGAAAGAAAUUCAAGCUUAUGGAAGAACCUAAUAGAUGAGCACCCAAUCUGCAGCACCUGGAAGGAAGAGGCCGAAGGAGCCAUUUAUCAUCUCGCCAGUAUUUUAUUUGUAGUAGGUUUCAUGGGUGGCAGUGGAUUCUUUGGGCUCCUUUACGUCUUCAGUUUGCUGGGUUUGGGUUUUCUCUGCUCUGCCGUCUGGGCUUGGGUCGACGUCUGUGCAGCCGACAUAUUUUCCUGGAAUUUUGUACUGUUCGUCAUCUGCUUCAUGCAGUUUGUCCACAUUGCCUAUCAAGUUCGCAGCAUAACUUUUUCUCGCGAAUUCCAGCUAUUGUACAGCUCCCUUUUCCAGCCUCUGGGGACCUCUUUGCCUGUCUUCAGAACAAUUGCUCUGAGCUCUGAAGUGGUUACUUUGGAAAAGGAACACUGUUACGCCAUGCAGGGGAAAACCUCCAUUGAUAAGCUCUCCCUUCUUGUUUCGGGAAGGAUUCGAGUGACCGUUGAUGGCGAAUUUCUGCAUUACAUUUUCCCCUUUCAGUUCCUGGAUUCUCCCGAGUGGGACUCCCUGAGACCCACAGAGGAAGGCAUUUUUCAGGUGACCCUCACAGCAGAGACUGAUUGUCGAUAUGUGUCUUGGAGGAGAAAGAAAUUAUAUUUGCUCUUCGCUCAGCAUCGUUACAUCUCCCGCCUGUUUUCAGUUUUAAUUGGAAGUGACAUUGCAGAUAAACUCUAUGCCUUGAAUGACAGAGUAUAUACAGGGAAAACAUACCACUACGAUAUUCGGUUACCCAACUUCUAUCAAAUGUCAAGUCCAAAACUACCCAAAUCACCCCUGACAGAACAUUUCCGGAACUCCAGACCGUAUUGUGAUAAAUGACUUGGAAGUGUGAAGUUUUUUAAUUAUAAAAAAGACUCUCUUCAUCAUUCCCCAAAUGAAAUACAGUGAAUUGUGCUCACCAGUAUUUUUAUAACUCAGACUCUGAGGCAAGGUGCCACUGCCAGCUGCUUUAUUCAUCUCAACUUUUGCGUUGCGAAUAAAGUUUACAAAUUUCUCUGUAUUUCUUAUUGGAAUAAAUGGGGGGGGAUGAAUAACUACGGGAAGUUUGUCCUUUUCUGUGUCAGAACUGGGAAAUGAAAUUUUGCGUUCUCGAAUAUUUCCUCAGAUUUAUUCAAAUCUUAUGUCUUGCCCUAUUGAGUUAGGCACUGCUUCUCAAGAAGCAGCCAGAACAUACUCUCAGCAUGAUAGCAGGUUGCCACCGUCCACAUCAGUGUUUCCAGAAUUCACUUUUUGC